UGGAGGCAGUCGUACGAUUGACUUCUGGCAGAGCUUGUACUGUGCGUGACGUAUGGCUCAUGAGGACACCAGGUGGUGGACUGGUUUCCUCUGGAGAUUGUGGUGCUGCAGGUGAUUCAGAAGGACCUGGUGUUGGAGCACUGGCUUCAGGCUCUGGCAUUUUUCCUCCACUUGUUGUUUUCGUUAUUACCAAAUCGUGAAGAUGCUCACGUACUCAUAUCUGGGUUUAUUGUCAACUCAGUACGCCUCUUGUAGGUUAUAAUGGAUGACGAAACGUCAGGAGUUGAGUCAGAUAAGAUGGCUAGAGUAAUACCUGACUAAUCGAGUGGGGAUCGUGUGUCCGGAUUCCCCCUCAAAAUCCAAAAAACUGAUUUUAUCAGUACUCCAGCAACAAUUGAGCACAAGGUUUUUAUCUUCUCCCCUCAUUCAUUGGAACUGCACUUUGAAGUGGUAAUUACUCAUUGGACGAGUCCCCAUUGGGAAUUUUUUUAGUUGUUUAGUGCUGGAGUGUAAAGUGUUUUACGUGGGGAAUUGGAAUAAAAUGGGAGUCUUCACUUCACGCUCUCAUUCUAGCGCAUUGUGGGGGGAAUUACGCGACACUGCCAUCUGCAAUACUUGUGGGAGAAGGACGACAAUCGGUGAUUCACCAAUGUUGUCGGUUUUCUCUCCCUCUUUUUUAGUGUUGCUCGCUGUUGGAUGGUGUUGUCUCGCUCGCGGUUUUACUCGGGAGUGCUCGGGAGUUUCAAAACAAAACAUAACCUUGCGGUGGUGAAGAACGAAUGCCAGCCGAUUGUUGUUCUCGGUCUAGUGUGGUCUAGUGUUUGAGUUGAACGGUUGGAAGGAACGUCUCAGGACAAUGGAGGACGAGGGAAUGGAGCUGAGUGCUGAGGGCAUUGAAAUUAACGAGAAAGUUGAUGUGGUGAGUGGAUUUUUGGAGGGGGACGAGGAGGGGGACAGCCUGGUGGCUCCGGAGGGCGAGGAGUGCGAUCUGGGGGAUGAUGAUGAGGAUGAGGAUGAUGACGAUGAUGCGGAUGAGGCUGAGGUCAAGCAGCUGGAGGGAGUCCUCGCGGAGAAUCCUUACGAUUAUGCCAGCCAUGUGGCGGUUAUCACCAAACUGCAGAUGAUGGGGGAUUUGGAGAGGCUCAGGAUCGCCAGGGAGAGGAUGAGCGACAAGUAUCCUUUGAGCCCCGAGCUGUGGCUCGCGUGGCUCAGGGAUGAGAUGAAACUCGCGGUGAGCGAGGGGGAGAGGAGAGCUGUUGAGGAACUGUGCGAGAGAGCUGUUAAGGAUUAUUUGUCUGUUGAAGUAUGGCUGGAGUACCUCCAAUUCAACAUUGGAUCAAUGGGGAGUGACAAAAAUACAACAGACAAAGUGAGACAAUUGUUUGAGAGAGCACUAACUGCAGCUGGUUUGCAUUUUACCAAAGGUGCCAUUAUUUGGGAAGCUUUUCGAGAGUUCGAGAAUGUAUUAGUAUCAUUGGCGUCGAAUGACUCUGAAAAAAAGGAGCAAUUGGAUCGCGUUGGAGCUCUCUUCCGUCGUCAACUGGGCUGUCCCCUUCUCGGCAUGGAGAAAACCUGGGACGAGUUCAGCGCAUGGCGCUCCGACGAAGGAAAAGAAGCAACAAUGGACGAUAACACCACCGCCAUAAUUUACAAGCGUGCCUUGGACAUCUCAAUCCCUCGCAUUCCAUUCGAGGAGAAGCUCCUAUCGUCCCAGAAUGAGAUUGAACUCCUGGACGUCUACAAAGCAUACCUCCUCUACGAGAAGCAGCACGGGGAUCCAGGUAGAGUGACAGUCCUGUACGAAAGAGCAAUAACAGAGCUGAGCCUCGAGUGGCAGCUGUGGCUGGACUACCUCGAGUACGUCGAGUCAAAGAUCAAGAUGGAGACAGUUGUGUCCCCAAUCUACGAACGAGCCACGAGGAAUGUCCCCUGGAUAUCGAAAAUUUGGAUAAAAUGGCUGAGGUCCCUUGAAAAAUGGGAGAAGCCUCUCCUAGAGGUCCAGAGGAUCUUGGAGCUGGCCCUGAUCGCAGGAUUCUCCAGUGCUGAUGACUGCAGGAACGUCUGGAUGACGUAUCUCGAGUAUUUACGUCGAAGAGCGGACCCAGACUCCCCGGAGAAGGAGAAACAACUCGAGGUGCUUGAGAGAGCCUUCAACAAGGCCUGUGAGCACUUGGCCAAGUCCUUCGGGCUUGAUGGAGAUCCCCAGUGCGUUGUGCUUCAGUUCUGGGCGAGGACUGAAGCCAUUCAUGCUGGCAAUAUGGACAGGUCCAGGAGCUUGUGGUCGGAUAUACUGUCUCAGGGGCAUUCUGAGAGGGCUGCCAGCUGGCUGGAGUACAUCACCCUGGAGAAAUGUUAUGGGGACACUAAACAUCUUCGUAAACUUUAUCAGAAGGCUCUGGCUGCUGUCAAGGACUGGCCAGAGAGCAUCGCCAAUUCUUGGAUUGAUUUCGAGAGGGAUGAGGGGACGCUCGAGCAGAUGGAGAUUUGUGAGGCUAAGAGUAAGGAGAGGUUGGCGAAAAUUGCUGAGGAGAGGGGAAAAGUUCAGGAUCAGGGGGAAGGGAGUUCUGGGUAUGGGAAGAAGGAGAUGGUUAAAAAGGGGAAGAGGAGGCAUGAGGAGGUUGGUGGGAAGUGGGAGAAUCUUGGAGUUACUCCAAGGAAACAGAAUAAAGUGGAGAGAGCUCCAGGUAAAGUCCCACCCAGGGUUGAGAAGAAUAGAGAAAAAGUUGAGGAGAAGAGCGAGAGGAAGGGAACCCCUCCUCCAGGGUUUAAACCACCUCCAGGGGAGGAGUCGAUGGACACCAGUCAGGACAUUGACGACAAAAUAUCCAUCUUCGUCAGUAAUUUGGAUUAUGCAACUAGUGAGGAGGAAGUUAGAGAGGCGUUGAGCCCAGUUGAGCCAAUAAGUUUGGUCAAGAUGAUUACUGACUACAAGGGCAGGAGCAAGGGCUUUUGUUAUGUCACGUUGAGCAGUUCUAAUGCUGUCGAGGAUGCUUUGAAACUGGAUAGAACUCCAAUCAAUGGACGACCCAUGUUUAUCUCUCGUUGUGACCCGAAUAAAACUACUCGGGGGAACGCUUUCAAAUAUGCAUCCAUUUUGGAGAAGAAUAAGCUUUUCGUUAAAGGCCUCCCGGUAAAAACUACGAAAGAGGACCUAGAAACAAUAUUCAAGGCUUAUGGACCCCUCAAAGACGUACGAAUCGUGACAUAUCGAAACGGCCACUCGAAAGGUCUCGCCUACGUUGAAUUCGAGGACGAAAAUGCAGCGAGUAAAGCAGUACUAGCGACUGAUGGAUUAACCAUCGACGACAAGGUGAUUAGUGUGGCAAUUAGUAAGCCUCCUGAACGGAAGAAGAACCCGGAGGAGCCUCUGAUCAAAUCACUGGGAGGCACCACAACCAGUAGAACUCACUUCGGUGUACCUAAGACUCUCCUCUCGAUGAUUCCACGAAAUGUGAAGCCAGCUGCGAAUGGUAUUACUGCGGGGAAAACCGAUGCUAAACCACUGAAUAAUCAAGAUUUUCGAAACAUGCUUUUGAAUAAAAAAUCAUAAAACGGCGUUUUUUUUAUUAUUCUUAUGAUAUUGUGUUAUAAAAAUCUAUGUGAUGAACAUAGACAUGAUAAAUGAUAGGAAGGGCGAUGUAUAUUCCAUUCUAAGACUUAAAAUAUGACUGGAAAGAAUGAAAAACGUAUUCAUAAUUACCAUAGGAAUAAUAAGAAUAAAUAGAACAGAGAUUUAUGUACAAAAAAAAUUAUGAUACAUUAUUUCUCAUAA